AACGAAGCGUUCAAACCUUAAGCUACUUCCAGCCACUCACUCCAGCCCGCAAGCAGCCGUUCCUCCACACCUCACCACUCUCCGUCUCUCUCUCUCUCUCUCUCUCUCUCUCUGAAUACAAAUGCACUUUAAAGUCUAAACCCUACCAGUUCAUCUCAAACUCGGCUCUUUCUGCUUCUUUGAAAACAGGUUUCCGAUGAACGAAAUGCCCUCCUUGGAAGACAUCAAGGUCCAAGGAAUUCCAACCUCUCUCACCCCAACCAAACUCAUUAAACCCUACUCUCAGACUCGUCGGCUCUUUCUGCUCCCAUCUCCUAUCGAAAUCCUAAUUCCCUCACCCAUAAGCCAUCUGAGUGCUGCCGAGCUGCUUUUUCUAUAACUCCUUACCGCUCUCUCCCUAGUUCUAAUUGUCUCAGAAUCGAGCAUGAUAACCGCUUCAAUGCACCUCAGGCACAUUUUUCAAUGCGACAAAAGCAAGACAUGCUCCUCUUCGGCGAUUACUCGGUUUAGAAGUCAGAUUCCCAUCAUAGGAAGCAGACUUUGCCGGUACAAUAACUGUAUCACUUCCAGCACGGUUGGCUUCCCUUUGAUCUGGCCAUUCUUUGCUGUUAUAAAUAAUUUUAUUGGAAAAUACCAUUUGCUUACAACCCAGGCCUCUCCUAAUGAAAAGGAAGUGACAGAUGAAGUCAUAAGUCAUAUUCUUACCACCAUAAUAAAUGCUCGAAGGCCAAAUGGAAAAGUUUGUACUGUUGUUAACGAGCUGUGUGAAUCAGGAAAUCUUUCUGCUGCUGCUAGAAUACUUCAAUCCUUACGUGAUAAACACAUCUUUCCGAGCCCUAUAGCAUAUAAUCUCUUGCUAGUGGCGGCGAGUGAAAGGCAUGACAUUGAUCUUUUGUCUCAAGUUUUCAAAGAUUUAUUGGUAUCUCGGGGAUCCUUGAGUUCGUCCUCUUAUCUUAAGGUUGCCAAGGCUUUUACAAAGACAGAUGAUGGUGUACAGCUACUCAGAUUCAUUGAAGAAGUGUCGGCUCUGACCUCUCCAAGCGUAACAGUUCUUAACAGAAUAAUCUCUGCAUUUGCUGAAUGUGGUCAGGUUGAUAAGGCCCUUCUGAUAUAUGAUAUGAUUAAGAGUCUAAGAUGUAAACCAGAUUUAGUAACAUAUAAUACCAUUAUGGAUAUCUUGGGUCGUGCAGGACGCACCGAUGAAAUGCUCCGUGAGUUUGCGUCCAUGAAGGAAGCUCGUAUUGUGCCAGAUAUCAUUUCUUACAAUACAUUAUUAAACAACUUGCGGAAAGUUGGGAGACUAGAUUUAUGCCUAGUAUAUUUCAGGGAAAUGGGUGAGAAUGGAAUUGAGCCAGAUUUGCUUACUUAUACUGCAUUGAUUGAGAGCUUUGGUCGAUCAGGUAACAUUGAGGAAUCUAUAAGACUCUUCAACAAGAUGAAGCUGAUGCAGAUCCGUCCUUCUAUCUAUUUGUAUCGUUCACUAAUAAAUAAUUUAAAGAAGAUGGGGAAGGUGGAGUUGGCGAUGAAAUAUUUGGAGGAAAUGAAUUCAUGUCUUUCAGAGCUUGCUGGUCCAAAUGAUUUCAAACGGAAAAGAAGGUAGUUGAGCACUCAGAUAACUUCAAGGUCUCCAUGUUCUUUGUUUAAUUUAAGCCAAGAUUCUGGAAGUCUCUGGUGGUGUGGGUGGUAUUGGUACUGAAGCUCGUGUUGAUAUAUCUCGCGUACCCGAAAAAUGUUUAGAGGAUGCCCAUGGGCAGCCUGCUUAUUCAUCUGACUGGCUUGUGUUGCUGUGUAAACUCUGGUUGCUAAUUCGGAAACCAUUUGCAAAUUUUUAACAUGCUUCUAGAGGUUGAUAUCAUCUGAGGAUGAUCAGUUGCUGGUACCCGUUCAAGAUUUAAGGGAGCGCAUAUGCUGUAUUGAAGGAUCUGUUACUAAGUUGCCUCGUAAUAGACUUUUCCUCGGAUGAAAUUAUUUUCAAGGUUUUGAAGCUAGGAAUUUGUCAGAGAUGGAUUUGCUCCACAAGUUAGGCGUGCAAAAUAAUCUCAGCCUGGUGGUUGAUGCCAUCAGAGAGCGUGCUCUAUGGUUCAACUUGAACCAUUUAAAAUAUGCUACAACAGGUAAUAGCUUUCACACAAUUCAUUCAGUGGCUAUUCCAACUCUUGUUCUGAUUUUUCUAAAAGAAUCUGACGAAUGGACGCCAACUUUUUUGGGUUUUGACCCUUGCGGAAGCAUAAGAUUGUGGAGUCUAGAAUCUAGAUUGAUUUAUUUAUUUGCGAUCCUUAUCUAAUGCUAUAGCAUCCCUUGUUGCUAAGUACCUUCCCUUUCAUUUGUUAAAACUAGAAACUGAAUGUGUUAUACGUUAAUGUGAUUUAAGAGUAUACAAAUAGUCACAAGCAAAAAGGUGAAGAACGCGAUCCAAGAAAAAGGUUUUGUUUAGGACUA